AUGGAGGGGCGCAAGCAUAACCAGUCCACACCAGCCAAUUUACUGGGGAGAAUCCAGGAUGAACUGCUGCACUUGGGGCUGCGCGCAGGGCGGAUCCCGCUAAAGCGGGUGCGCGCCGGGAGCGCAGGAGGGCCAGGCCGGCUGAACUUGAACAGGCUCAGCGGGGCGGGGCGUGCUGCACGCCCAGGGGGCGGGGCGAAGCGGGCCGUUCCCAGCCCCGCCCCCACUGCGCGGGGGCGUUGGGCUUCGCCCGCACUCAGGGCCCCUGCCGCCGCCACCCUGGCGCUUCCCGCCGAGCCCGCCUGCGCCCUGUGCCAGCGCGCCCCCCGCGAACCGGUGCGCGCCGACUGCGGCCACCGCUUCUGCCGGGCGUGCGUGGUGCGCUUCUGGGCCGAGGAGGACGGGCCCUUCCCGUGCCCCGAGUGCGCCGACGACUGCUGGCAGCGCGCCGUGGAGCCCGGUCGCCCGCCGCUCAGCCGCCGCCUGCUGGCGCUCGAGGAGGCGGCCGCGGGGCCCGUGCGCGACGGCCCGGCCAGCGAGGCGGCGCUGCAGCUCCUGUGCCGCGCGGACGGUCGCCCGCUGUGCUCCACCUGCCGCGGGGCGGCGGGGCCCGAGCCGCCCGAGUGGGAGCCGCGCUGGAGGAAGGCGCUGCGCGGCAAGGAGAAUAAGGGGUCUGUGGAGAUCAUGAGGAAAGACUUAAAUGAUGCACGGGACCUGCAUGGCCAGGCUGAGUCUGCUGCUGCUGUGUGGAAGGGACAUGUGAUGGACCGGAGGAAGAAGGCCCUGACUGACUACCGGAAGCUUCGGGCCUUCUUUGUUGAGGAGGAGCAGCACUUCCUGCAGGAGGCCGAGAAGGAGGAGGGGUCCCCAGAAGAUGAGGACUCAGACCCCGCUGAGCGCUUCCAGUCACUGCUGCAGGCGGUGUCUGAGCUGGAAAAGAGGCACCACAGCUUGGGGCUCAACAUGCUGCUCCAGUCUCUUUUUCUCAUCUCCUUCCUCUCUUUUUCCUCUUCUCGCCCUCUCUCCCCUGUCCCCACAGUGAGGCGCUCUCCCUGCACCCAAGUGGAGGCCAAGGAAACUCCUUCCACUGCUGCAGCCUCUCCGUCUCCUCCUGCACCCAUGGUGUCCAUCACUCUGGGGCCUCCUCUAGGAGUUGACGGCCCCACAUUCUUACGUUGUCCUCCUUGGGUCCGGGUCCCUCUUCCCCAUGUCCCUGCUUCCCAGGCUGCAGGUGUUCACGGCAGAAGUCUGUAUGGGCCGAGCACCGAGUACAUCAUGUUUCUCCAUAAAGCUGUCUCCUUGCCAAGUCUCAUGGACACCCGCCUGUACUUUCUGAACCGGCCAGAAUUUAUGCUGGGUGUCAAUGGACCCUCACUCCUAUCAGCUGCUGCCUGUUCUUUUGCUGGCAUUUCCAAAAGAGGCAGAUGACUCCAGCAGCUGUCAUCCCUACUGCAGCGAUCAGAGGCAGAACUAUUUUCCACACCGCAAAUGAAGACCUUGAAUUAUGGAGAGCUGAAAGAGUUCCAGAGUGCUGUGAACAUCAUGGGGAGAGCUUCCUGGUCUGCAGGCUACAAACCUACAGUUUGUAGCUGGUGGGCUGAGGGGCACAGUAUUUACAGACUGCUCUGAUAUGGUCGGGGGGACACGUGUCUUCAGGGGUGGAAGGAGACAGAGGCACAAAAGAAGCAGCCAGCAGAGAAAUGUGACAGGGUGGAAACUAUUGGGCGAAUUUGGGGACAGAGUGCAUAGAGUUCUGUCAUUCUUAAAAAAUCUCUCUAAGCUUGAAAGCAGGUAGAAAUAAACAUUUUAUACAAAGUUAAACUUGGAAGCUGCCAAGGUACCCUUCAUUAGGUAAAUGGAUAAACAAACUGUGGAGACAGUGGAAUAUUAUUCAGCACUGAAAAUGAGGGGCUAGGGAGACAGCUCAGUGUUGGAGCACAGGACUUGCAUGCCUGAGGUCCCAGAGACUCCAGGUUCAACCCUCAGCAUUGCCAUAUGCUCUGUUGCAUCCCCCCAUGUGUUUCACUCUUAAUUUCUCAGAAACAAAUAUUAAAAGUGAAUUAAUGAAUAGAUAAAAAGAAAUGUGCUAUCAAGCCAUGAAAACACAUGGAAGACAGUCAACGAAAAGCUCACUUGGAUAGUAUACUGCUUUGCCAUGU